AUGGUGAGGCUUGUUGGUGAGAUGAUUUAUGAAGUAAGGCACAUAAAUGUGACAAGAGAUAUAUUCACAGUUGAUAUCGAGCAAAUGCAGUGCUCUUGUAGGAGUUGGAUGCUCAAUGGAAUUCCAUGUUACCAUGCAAUUACAUGCAUCCAAAGUAAAGUUGAAGACCCUGCAUAUUACAUUCCUCCCAUGUAUAGUAAGGAGAAUUUACCAGGAUUGUUAUAG